AGGUUACAAUGUAAUCAUUCCGUCUGACAACACAAGUUGGUUAUCUGACUAGCAAGCUAAUUUGAAACACUCAUCUUGUAAGGAAUACACGAGUCACGUUCAAAAUGUCUGGUCUGGAGGAAAUUCCACCUUCCCAUUUGGACAACCAAGAUGAGGACGGAAUGAACGUAGAGGGUAUGGAUGGAGAAUCAGAUAUAAACUAUGAUGAUGAGCCCCUAAGAAGAGGAGGAUAUUUGUUUUACAGAGAUCGGACGGAAUGGUCUGAUCUAGAGCCUGUCCCCCAAGACGAUGGGCCUAACCCUGUUGUGAAAAUUGCUUAUUCUGACAGAUUCACAGAUGUUUAUGACUACUUCCGUGCACUCCUGAAAAACGAUGAGAAGAGUGAAAGAGCCUUUGCGCUGACAUCUGAAGCCAUUGAUCUAAAUGCGGCCAACUACACAGUAUGGCACUACCGUAGAGUUUUAAUACAGGCUUUGGAGAAGGACCUACGAGAGGAGAUGAGAUACAUCACAAAUAUAAUAGAGGACCAACCGAAGAAUUACCAAGUCUGGCACCAUCGACGUAUGAUUGUGGAGUGGCUGAAGGAUCCGACUGAAGAGCUGGAGUUCAUAGCUGACAUUCUCAGCCAGGAUAGUAAAAAUUACCACGCCUGGCAACACAGACAGUGGGUCAUCCAGGAGUAUAAGCUGUGGGAUGGGGAGCUGGAGUACGUGGAGGAGCUGCUGGAGGAAGAUGUGCGGAACAACUCUGCAUGGAACCAGAGACACUACGUCAUCUCCCAUACCACCGGCUACUCUGAUGCCACCAUCCUCGACAGAGAAGUCCAAUACACUCUCAUACAGAUUAAGAAAGCUCCCCACAAUGAAAGUGCAUGGAACUAUCUGAAAGGCAUUCUGCAGGACAGGGGUAUGAGCUCUCACCCGGGUCUGCUGGAUCAGGUGCAGGAGCUGAAGGAGACGCACUGCUCGCCAUACCUCCUGGGCUUCCUGGUGGACUUGUACGAGGACGCCCUGGAGAGCGCCGCCGGUGGGGAGCAGAGCCAGGAGCAGACCCUGAGCAAGGCCCUGAAGCUGUGUGAGGAUCUGGCCCAGGAAAAGGACACCAUCAGAAAGGAGUACUGGAGAUACAUCGCUCGCUCACUCCACAGCAAGUACGGCUCCGGAGAGAUGCCCUCCAACCCGCAAUCCUCCAACCCCCCCAGAGCAGAGCUGGAGCAGGCCCCCAGCGAUGCCUGAUGGAGACCGCCGGCCGCAGCGUGUCCGUUAGCCCAGCGCAUACUUAUUUGAAACACAGAAAAAAAGAGACAGAAACACAAAACAAAACAAAAAAAAACGAGAAGUUACUGGGAAAAAAAGAUACCACGUCCGCAAGGCAAAGCCAUAGUUCCUGCGUUGGGUGACUACCUGACCAAGAGCAGUGCUUCCCAGCUGAAGAGACAAUCUGCAAAUGUUUUAACUUGAGUAACCAUGGUGUUUGUUAAGAGAAAAUGAAUUGAGAGAGACCUAAACUGUAUGUUUAGAUGUAGGUUGCAGUAGACUACAUGUUCAGAGAUUUGGAAGGAGUAUUGUAAUGAUAUGAAGGG